AAAAAUGUUUUCAUUUUUUUGGUUUUUAAAUAUUUUUAUUUUUUAUUUAUUUGCUAAUGCCUGCCAUCCAACUUCCCACAAUUUAAUUCCAAAAACAACAACAUUAAAGCCUUCAACAACAACAAAAAAGACAACAAUAACAACCAAAACAACCCCAAAACAUCACUCCUCCACCUCUUCCUCCACCUCUACCACAAAAACAACCUCCCCCCAACAAACAAAAACAACAAUUAAAACAACCAAAAAACCAAUUAAUUGUUGUAAAUUAAUAAAAGAAAUUAAAUCAACAAAAUUUUAUAAUGGCCAUUUAAAUUUGGAAUAUUAUGGAAAUAAUAAUAAUUGUUUUGAUAAAGUAAAAAUUAAUUGUUUGUAA